CCGGUUGUUGAAGACGAUCCUGCCAGUAUUUAUUUCAACAUGUUCCGAUCAGCUUUAAUCCUAAUUUUUGCGACAGUUUACGUGACAUCGGCACCAGCUAAACAAAGUGUCCAAUUUAUCACUGAAGGGAAACAUGUGCCCGUGAAACAUCAGGAGAUAGUAGGUGUCAUCGAGCCAAGCAACCCAGAAGCAAAGCCGCCCACGCAUCAUUUGGGAGAAAUGAAAAGCGAGCUGGGCGAAGAGGACGAAAAGGAUUACAACGCCUACCCAAAAUACAGAUACGAGUAUGGCGUAAAGGACACCAAGACUGGGGACCACAAGAGCCAUUGGGAGAUGCGAGAUGGUGACAUCGUUAAAGGCUCAUACACUCUGGAUGCACCGGACGGAACUCAACGAAUCGUAGAGUACCGUGCAGAUGACAAACAUGGGUUCAAGGCCAUCGUUAAGAUCAUCCGUGUGCCAGAUCAUCACCGGAUACAUUAUGCCGGUCAAGAGCAGACGAGCCCGGAAGGUUUAGGGCAGCAGGAACAAGGAAAACAUCACACGGGUCACAGUUAUAAUAAAUUGAAAAGAUACGAUUAGGUACUAGGUAAUCGGUGUGGACUUGAGAGUGUGCGAAUAAAUUGUGAUUGGAUCGUGUUAGAAUGGUAAUUUAUUUACCACUCGCGGUGUUUACGUUUCGUUCGCCGGCGAUGACGUCUGCAAUUGCUUAUUUCAAUCGUGGCAUCUGCCUGCCGGAUUGUACACAGGUACAGACAACCUUCCGUGGGGUGGCCUUUGAGGAUGAAUUGCCUAUUGCUGCUGGUGGUUGCGGUUGCGGUUGCUGUUAGUGGAAGGAUUAAAAAGAGUUGUUUGAAUUAAAUAAUCGCGAUAGUGAUCUGUUGAAAAUUACAGAGCGCUGCGGCGGUUGCCAAGUUAUAACGAUCAGAUGAAGUGUUUCGCUCGCGUACAUCCUUCGCUCACGCUCCGAGGCACAGGUAUCCGAUUUCCAUAAGUCCCCGGCGUCGACUUAUGGAAGUCGAAGUUAAGAAGGAUGGUAUUCACCAGCGCUCCGGAUGGUUUUGAACAAAUUGUGAAGAGUAUAAUUAGAAGAGAGCAAAUUACCAUAAUUUUAUUUAUUAUUGUGAGAGGAAGUGGAGAGCCGAGAAGUCUAACUAACACCUAACCAUAGCCCACACAAGGCACAGAGGAGAAAGGAAGAAUACUUGAAGUAUCAAUCAACGAUGAGCCAGCAUGCGGAGAGACAAGUUCCGGACACUUUAAUUCUGUACAUUGAUUCACUAACCGAGAAGAACUGAUCGUGUGUUACAAUCACUUUUUGGCGGCGCGUUUUGCACGCACACAUUCUGAACACUAU